AUGGAACAAGUUAAGCCCGUCUGCCAUGACCAAGAGAAGUUAGCCUUGCUUCACUUCAAGCAUAGCUUUCUUAUCAAUUGUCAUGCAUCUCACUCUGCCUUUGCACGCCCAAAGCUGGAAUCGUGGUGGGACGAUUUAUCAGAAAUUGAUGAUAUGGCAAUAAAUAGAAGUAGUAGUCACACUAACGAUUGUUGCCUAUGGGAUGGUGUUAUGUGCAAUAAAGAGACGGGCCAUGUGAUUGGCCUUGACCUCAGUAGCAGCUGUCUAUACGGCACGUUGCCUCACAACUCUUCCCUCUUUAGCCUUGAUCAUCUUCGAGAACUUGAUCUUUCUGAUAAUCACUUCAACUUUUCUCAAAUUCCUUCUGCCAUUGGUCGGCUUUCCAAGUUGACAGAGCUCAACCUCUCUCGGUCUUUUUUCAUGGGCUCAAUUCCAACAAUUUCGAAAUUGUCUAGCUUGAAAAUUCUCGAUCUUUCCAAAAACUAUGAGUUGGAACUUCAAUAUGAAAUGACUUUUGAGAAGUUUGUUGAUAAUCUAACUCAUAUAACCACACUUGUUCUUAAAGAUGUUAAUAUCUCAUCUCCAGUUCCUGUUGUCUUAAGCAACUUCACUUCCCUUCAAUCUCUUGUACUCAUUGGAAACCAUUUAUUUGGUACAUUUCCAUCAAGGGUUUUUCAGCUACCUAAGCUUGAGGAAAUCGUUUUGGCCUUAAACGAUGAUCUUGAAGGAAAUCUCCCCCAGUUUCCUCCCAAUAGUCCUCUCAGAACGUUAGAAAUUUCCUACACAUCAUUUUCAGGAGAAAUAACCCCUUCAAUUGGAAAUCUUGGUAACUUGACUCAAUUGAACCUUGAGAGUACUGGUUUAACCGGACCAAUCCCGUCUUCACUAGGUAACUUGACAAAGCUUUCCUUGUUAAAUAUGUGGUGUAAUUUUAAUGGUGACAUGCCUUUAUCUAUCACAAAUCUCACACAACUCACAAUGUUGCACAUUGGAAAUGUUCAUAUUCACUCUCAAAAACUGAAUUAUUGGUUGCCUAAGCUAAGAAACCUACAGCGUUUAGGACUCAGGAACGUAAUGUUAACUGGUGAAAUCCCAACUUCUUUAUCAAACCUCACUCGACUCAGUUUGUUGGAUCUUGGUUUGAACGAGCUAACAGGUUCUUUGCCAGUUUGGCUAGCUAAUAAAACAACUUUAUUUUUCUUAGAUCUGUCUGGUAAUAACUUUCAAGUUCCUAUAAUACCACAAUGGUUUUCUCAACUCGUCAAUCUUGAGAUACUUUCACUGAGUUCUGAUGGUUCAAUUGCUAUGUUUGAGACAUUUCUAAAACUUCCGUGUCUCAAUUCCUUAGUGUUAUAUGGUAUCAAUCUUACAUUUCCUCCAAAUGUAGCAAACACCAGUGCAUUAUCCCUCCCCAAAUUUGUUAUGAUGUACCUUAUAUCUUGCAACCUUACAGAAUUCCCACAGUUUUUGCGUUCCCAAAAUGAGCUUCAAUUCCUAGGUAUGUUAAGAAACAAUAUUGUGGGCACCAUACCACAAUGGUUUGUGAACACAACUACGAAAAGCCUUCAAGUAUUGGACCUUUCUGGCAACCAUUUAACGGGGUUUGAACAACCUCAAACUCUUCUUCCAUGGUACAAUUUAAAGUUACUUGAUCUUUCAGAUAAUAAUUUUCAAGGCAAACUUCUAAGUCCUCCAACUUCUUUGCAAUAUUACCAAAUCUCUAGUAAUAAACUGAAUGGAGUUAUACCCAAUGAUAUCUGCAAGGCAAGUUCAAUGAUCUUCUUAGAUCUAUCCAUGAACAACAUUAGUGGGAAGAUCCCAGUUUGUAUAGCUCAGCAGCUCAGUGCAAGUUUAUCAGUUUUGAAUUUGCGUGAUAAUGGUCUUGAAGGACCAAUUCCACAAGCACUCUCAAAAAGUUGCAAAAUAAAGAUGAUUAAUUUAAGCGAUAAUUUGUUAAAUGGUCGAUUACCAAAGUCAUUAGCCAAUUGUAGAUUUCUUGAAGAGAUUGAUUUUGGGAGAAACAAACUUAGAGACACUUUCCCUUUAUGGUUAGGAAGUCUUCAAAAGUUGCAAGUUCUUGUCUUGAGGCACAACAAGUUUCAUGGUACGAUAGUAGCUUCGGAUUCUAGUCACAAUUUCAAUUGCUUACGCGUGAUUGACCUGUCCAAUAAUUUCCAUGUUGGUAGUUUACCAUCCACAUAUAUUCAAAAUUGGCGAGCAAUGAGAGUUACAGAUGAAUUUCAUCGAGAAUAUUCAUCUAGCUCAGACCUUUCAAUAGGUUCACCUCAGUCUGAUCAUAUGGUUCGGUAUUCAAAAAUAAAUUACACAUACGUCAUGACCAUAACAAAUAAAGGCAAUGAACGGUUUUACCCAGCGAUCUUUUCUGCGUUUCGAGCAGUUGAUUUAUCAAGCAACAAUUUCACUGGUGAAAUACCAGAGAUUAUGGGAAACCUAACAGGGCUUCAAACACUGAAUCUUUCCAAUAAUCAUCUUACAGGUGGAAUUCCUUUAUCGCUAGCUAAUUUGAUUGACCUUGAAGCAUUAGACCUUUCUCAAAACAUGCUCUCAGGAGAAAUUCCUCAACAAUUGAGCAAGAUAACAUUUUUGGAGAUGUUUAUUGUCUCUCAUAAUCGUCUGGAAGGACCGAUACCUCAAGGUGAACAGUUCAAUGCUUUUGAUAAUAGCUCCUUUUUUGGAAACUUAGCACUUUGUGGACCUCCUUUAUCCAAUCAAUGUGGAGAUACAGAUGCAGUGUCGCCAACAGAGAAGACCGUUGAUGAUACAGAACAAGACUCUGAGCUGAUUCAUUGGACAAUUUCAUCACUAGGCUAUAUAGCAGGAUGUUUAGUAGGCUUCAUCGUUGGGAAAAUCUUUAUAACUGAUCCAUAUCAUGAUUGGUUUAUGGAGACCUUUGGAAGGAGAAGGCAUUAA